AUGGGUUCUGCAGCGAGCCUGGUCUCCAUUUUCUCUGGGGCUCUGUCCUUCCUCUGCACCAUUGGCUCUCUCUGCACAGACUGCUGGCAGGUGAACAGCAAAGGCUCCGUGAUGCUGAGCGUGCGCUGCAGAGGCUUGUGGGGCGAGUGCGUGUGGGAUAAAUUUGUCAAGAUCUGGACCUGUGAUGUCUUCAGCUCUUACCUGAAUCCACACCCGGCGGCCAUGAUCACCGCAAGAGCCUCCCUCAUCACGUCCGCCGUGGCCGGUGCUGUAGCCUUUCUCUGCCUCCUCUCGGGAUGCCGGUAUUUCAGCUGCGGCCUGCAGGCCCCCGUGAAGCGGCGCUGCCUCUACCUCUCGGUGGGAUGCUACCUCUUUGCCGGCCUUUUGUCCUGCUUCGGAGUCAUUCGAUACUGCAUGUACGUGUUCUCCCAGCACCAGUACGAGGUGUCUCUCAACAUCCCUGGAUUCCCAAGCUUUGAAUACGGAUACUCCCUGUGGAUGGCGGCAGCCGGGGACCUGGCCGCCCUGGUUGCCGCCGUGACGUCGUACUACGAAGCGGUGCUCAUGAAGGCCCCCGGCGCGAACCUGGCCAAGGAGAUGGCUGCCGACGGCACUGGAGCGGCUUGCACCUACGUCUGA